ACAUCGCAACGCCGAAAUGGUUUUAACGGCGUCAACUCACGAUUUAUUUCAGUGAGUAGCAGCACGCCGAGUUGCGUGUGAAAAUCUAAUCGAAUUUUACGUGCGCUCCGUGUUUCCGACUUGUUGGGACACAGCGUAUGCGGCGGCGCUUAAAUUUCGAUCAAAAUUUGACACAUGUAAACAUGGUGCCCAUACGGUGCGCAUUUGUGAAAUAAUCAUGAAAUCACACGUGAAUUUAACUUGAGAGUGAAUUGUGAUUAGAAUUGCGCAUGAAGACAUUCGGAUAUUAUUACGUCGAAGAAUAGAAGAACAAAAGCAGGAUGGUUUUCGAGUCGGUGGUCACCGAUGUGUUGAAUCGCUUCCUCGGCGAUUACAUCGAGAACUUGGAUAGCAAGCAGCUGAAAUUGGGAAUAUGGGGAGGCGACAUCGUCCUCACCAAUUUACACCUAAAACAAAACGCACUAAAGGAGCUGGACCUCCCUAUUCAAACAAUUUACGGACGCCUAGAUAAAUUGGUUGUAAAAAUCCCCUGGUCCAAUUUAUAUGGAGCUUCGGUCGAAGCUACUAUCGAAGGACUCUAUCUCCUUCUCGCGCCGAACAAUCAAGUCGAAUACAAUGCGGAGAAGGAAGAACAACGCGUGUUCGAGAACAAAAUUGCCGAACUUCAACGAAUUGACGAUCGAAAAAAACUUGCUGAAGUCAAAGCCAAAGCUGAUGAUACAUUCGUUGAGAAAUUAGUAACGCAAAUCAUCAAGAAUGUCCAAUUGAAAAUAAAAGAUAUUCAUAUUCGUUACGAAGACCGCUCUCUUGCCGCCCCCUUUGCUAUGGGUGCCACAUUGAGCAAUCUCAUCGUGCAAACAACAAAUGAAGAUUGGAAGCCGACGGUUCUUCAAGAUGUUGUCCAGAAAAUCUACAAAAUCGUCACUCUUGAAGGUCUGGCGGUUUAUUGGAACUGUGGCACUGAAAUGUUUUCGGAAAUACCUGAAGAUCAACGUCGGGAACUUUUUAUUAGAGAUAUUGCCAACAGACAAUCAAAACCGGAUAAGUAUAACUACAUCCUCGGCCCGAUUAACUCCGAAUCUAGGCUUGUUCUGAAUCCGAAACCAGAACACAAUUCUCCACCUUUUGAAGCUCCCAAAGCGCACGCAGAGUUAAAAAUCGAGACUUUAUCUGUUGGUAUAUCAAUGCGUCAGUAUCGGGAUAUAGUCACGUUUGCUGAUUCCAUGCAGCUGCAGAUGGUAGGUCUCCCAUUUAGAAAAUACAGACCGAAUGUACCUUAUAAGGAUCAUGCGCGUGAAUGGUGGAAGUUUGCGUACACAUGCAUCUUGGAAACUGAGAUAAAACGCCGGAAAAGAAACUGGGACUGGAAUCAUAUGUGUAAUCAUCGUGAAAUAUGCAAAUCUUAUGGAGAAUUAUACAAAACCAAGUUGACAUCUAAAAAGGUACCAAAGGAAGUCGAAGAGGAAUUGACCAGAUGUGAGAAGACAUUAGAUUUGUAUAAUUUAGUAUUGAUCAGGCAGCGGAUUGCAAUGGAGGUGGAGAUGUUGGAUAAAAUGCGUAAAGAGAAACAACCCAAAGGUUGGUUUAGUGGAUGGUUUGGCGCUUCUAAAGCUUCAGAUGACGACGAGGAGGCUAAGAAUUACCUGAAACGCUUCCAAGCAGCUAUGACACCCGAUGAGAAGCAGAAAUUGUUUGCAGCUAUAGAUUACAACGAAAAUGACGCACCUGCAGCUUACCCAACAAAAUAUAUCGAUACUGUUGUACGUUUUGAGCUAAAACAGUUCAAAUUCAACAUCCGGAACGAUGAGAGUCAGCUACAGAGCGUUGUUAAAUUAAAACUUACUGAUGUAAAGAGUAGUAUUGCUAGGAGACCAAAACAAAACGGCCUCAAAGUGCAGGGAUUCAUUGGUAAUCUACUGGUAACUGGUGUGUUACAAGGAGAUAUCCUUCCAGAGAUAAUCACAUCGAAUGUUAACCAUCAAGGUGACCAGGUGAACCUGGUUGAAAUCAUGUUCGAGAUGAAUCCGUUGGAUAUGAUCAACGGUAACAGGGUGCAUUUGACUGCUAACCCGUUACAAGUGACUUAUGACUUCGUUACCAUCCAGGAAGUCAUCAAAGUUUUCCAUGUGCCUUCUUCUAGUGCUCUUGACGAGCUUUCCAGAGCAACCGCACAACAAUUAAACGAUGCUAAAGAGAAAUCUGCACUAGGUUUGCAGUCUGUUAUUGAAAAACACACCAAACUUGAUAUUUAUCUGAAACUAUCAGCACCUAUUGUUAUUAUUCCUCAUAGCGGGUUGUAUUCUGGCGCUGAUAAUGUCCUGGUGAUUAACCUCGGUACAUUAUUGAUCAAAUCAUUGCUUAAUACUGAUAUGAAAGCUGUGACUGAUUUGAUAAAGUCUGGUUUUGCUAAAACCGAAGUCAUGGAUCACAUGAUUCUUCAAUCCUAUGAUAGAUUCCAGAUCGAUUUGACUGGUUUGCAAGUUUUGGUCGCACAGAGUGAUGAAAAGUGGUUGGAUCAACUGCUUCUGGCCACAAUCACACCGAUGCACAUGUUAUGCCCUAUAAAUUUAUCAAUAUUACUGGAAACUUGUAUUAUUCAGGAUCCUUCUUUACCUUUGUGUAAAAUAUCUGCUGAAGUGCCUAGUGUAUUCUUUAGUAUAGCCGAUGCAAGAUUACACUUGGCGCUGAGUUUGGUUCAGUCAUUAUCGGCGCAAUUCACAGAUGAACAGGUGAAACUCACCCGAUCAGUCAGCACAUCAUCCCUGAAAAUAAUCGGUGAUAAAACCAGUAGAGCAGCGAAACGCGCAAUGAAUCAAUCAAAAACUGCACAAGAUAAUCAGAAUAAGGUGCAAAUGACUCUGGCGAGGGUCAAGUUUGAACUGCAGAACUUCCGAUUUCUGUUUACACAUCAAGAGACUAUCGCUGAUGAAACUACUGAUGUCUUUGAUAUACAGUUGACGUCAUUAACAAUGGCGUUCUAUGAGAAAACUUCGAUAAGACAUGUGGCGCUUGGUUUGGAGAGUAUAAAGAUGAUUCAAUUUAUUAAAAAUCUCCCGCCGCUGCCCGUAAUCAACACACCACUCAGUGAUGAGAAUAAAUUGUUUAAGGUUGAUUUUACACAGGUUCAGAGAUCUCAUCCUGAAUUUGCUACUACUUAUAAUCGAACAUUGACGAUUCUCGAUGUUGAUUUCGCUGUUUUGGAGCUGUUUUUGAAUCAUGAUGCGUUGAUUGAUUUGGUUAGGCAUCUGAAUGAGAUUCAGAUGGCUUUCGCGGAAAAUGACAGCGUUGCAAGAUCCCGUAGGAAUUCUGUGUCUUCGAUGAGUAGUCUUCAAUUGGUGAAAGACGCCAUGAAAAAUGCUAUAGAAGUUACCCGAGAAAAGAUACAGGUGAUAUCAGAUGAGAUUUCAUUCAAAGUAACCGCGAAUCUUGCCCAGAUUGAUAUUUGUUUCUAUCGGGAACAACCUAUAUCAUCGAUAGCGAUAUCCGGUUUGCAUUCGGAUGUGAUCCUGACUGACCACUUCACAAAGAUUCAGUGUUAUUUGAAUGGUAUUUCCGUGAUGGAUUUGAAUUCGAAGACUUUACAUUCGAAAAUUAUUGCGGUGGAUCAAAUGGAGAAGGCGAUUGAUUUGGCGAUUAUUUUGUACAAUCAACCAGCGCAUGAUGAAUGUGAUAUACACAUAAAAGCUACUUUGGGCAAGAUUCGGGUAUCUUUUGUUUUCUGGUACAUUUCUACAAUGUUGAACUUUUUGAAUUCAUUCACUGUCGCACGGGAAGCCAUUGUGGCUGCGUCACAGAAAGCUGCGCAAGUUGCCAAGGAGAAUAUCGAGAAUAUUUAUGAAAAAGCGACGAAAAUGAAAUUGGAUAUUCGACUAAACGCGCCGGAAAUUACAGUCCCUGAAAAAUCAACGAGUCUAAAUGGUCUCUUUAUUGAUUUGGGUUUAAUUACAAUCACCAAUGAGUUCAACUCUCUUGAAACCAUGAAUGAAAAGGGCCAUAAUGCUGUCCUUGACGAAAUGCAGUUGAAACUUGUUCAGCUUGGCAUCUAUAGCAUUUCCCUAACGAAACAUCUGGAUGUUAAAUCCAAAAUUCCCAUUCUGGAACCGUUGAGUUUCACGUUGUCGGUGAAUCGCAAUCUAUCACUGUGGUACACGGCUAUACCUGAUAUUGAUGUGAAUGGAAUCAUUGAUAAUAUGCACCUGAAAAUGGGCCAAAAUGAUUAUCGAACGUUGAUGAAGAUUCUGAAUGAGAACAUGAGCGAAGGUAGUGUGCAUAAAUGCACGUCCACACAUGCUGAUUUACAUGACGUUGCUACCAUUACUGAUGAGAGUAUGAUUUCUACAACUGAAUCAUCACAAACCCGAGCCUUGCAAGAUGAUAAUGAAGAUGCUUAUAUAAAGACCAAUUUCCGCUGGAACUUUGCAAUGCAUUCAUUCAAAAUCAAUCUGUUCAAUGUGCACGAAACGGACUUUGAUUCUUUUACUACAAGGAUUGGUCUAGGAGAGUUGUCCAUGCAAGGUUUACUGGUGAAAGGGAGAAUGUUGUCAAAUAAUUCAAUCACGAAUAAUUUACUGUUGAUGAAUCUGGUGCUGAGUGAUACCAGGCCUAAUCGAGAUGACAUGAUUUCUGAGAUAUUUUAUCGGACACCUACAAUCGUCCCAGGGCAAACCCAUAUAGGGAUGUCUUUGGAAACUAACAGCAUUUUACAUGAGAAUCGGAAUAUGGUUGAUAUGACACUACAAAUGAAGAAAUCUGAUAUUUUUAUUGAUUUACGAGUGUACAGCGUAACGUUCAUUUUAUCAGUCGAGUAUUUAUUGAGGCUUGCUAGUUUCUUCCAAGAAGGGACCGACAACAAAGACACGUCGAGACCUGCAAUGAAAAAGUCCGCUGCUUCAGUUGACCGAAAAAAGACCGAGAAAUCCACGGCAACGAAUGGGUUGAUAUCGAUUGCGAUAAAGUUAGAGAAACCGGAUGUGAUUCUAGUGGAAAAUGUUGAUGAUUUGAAUACCAGGGCCUUGAUUCUCAACUGUGAAUUAAUGAUGAGAUUACGCAUGAUUGGUGAAAAACAAACGAUCAACGGCUCGCUAUCAGAUUUUCAAAUGUACACCUGCAUGUUUGAUCCGGAUAUCCGCGAAAGUACGAAGAAUAUGUUCCUGGAGCCGUUUACAUUGAGUAUUGCAGGUUCCACACCCGAAGGUAAAGGUAUUCACGUUGAGGCGUACCUUACGACUAUUUAUAUUGGUGUUUCGGUUUAUACAAUUGAAUUGUUGAACAAUGUCUUAACAACUAUCUCCGCCACUGGCGAAAUGCGGAAGACUAUCAGGGAGGAACUGAGUGAUAUGUCUAAUUUAUGGAAAAUGCGCCAGAACAAGCAAUUUUGGUUCUUGCAAACAGAUGAAGCUGAAGACGCUCUAACAACCAAACUGGCUCUACCUGCAGAGAAAGUGAAACACCUCACUGAAAUGUGUUUGGUUCACGUCCCGCAAAUAAUAAUUACACUCCAAGCGGGUGUCGGUCACAAAACUUACCCGAUUCUAGCAUUGGAGUCGUCAUUUUCGGGAAAAGUAUCCAACUGGUCUUCGCAAUUAUUUUUCGAAGCAACUCUAUCACUGCAAAUGGGCUACUACAACAAUCUUCUAGCUUUGUGGGAACCAAUCAUUGAACCUGUUAUCAUAGAUUCAGAGAAUCAAUCUGAACCGAAAACGACUCCUUGGGAAAUCCGCUUCGAAAUAAACGUGAAUGAAAAAGAAGAUGAUUCGGAGGAAAAUGUGGACGACGUUGUUUCUGCAACAAAAGAAAUUGUGCCGCAACCGGCCAUGACAAUUGAUAUUUCAUCAUCGCACAAUCUUGAAGUAACCAUUACCAAAACCGCGCUGGAAGUUUUCACAAACGUUUCCAAAAUGUUCAGUGCUGCCACAAAAGCAUCUUCUGAAGAUUUAAAACGCGAAGAGGUUACUGGGCUGUAUAAAAUAGUCAAUACAAUUGGCACAGAUGUAAUUUUAAAUUUAAAUCCGAAUGAGUUGAUACACAAAAGUAAUGUUUCGGCGACCCAGAUCGAAAUGAAGCAAAACAGUGAAGUUUUCUUGGACCCGGUCUCUCAACGCAAUCCAACUGAUAAAAUUGAGUCUUUCUGCAGCUAUGGUGCUACUCUAAAAGAAAAAUUUAUUUCCGUAGAGAUACCCGAGUUUCAGAUUACGUUAUCCCUGCCUUAUAUGCGAGCUGUGAGUAGAUACUACCGACUUCCAGAUACAAACAACGCUAAAAAAGAUAAAGCAGCAAACUGGGGAGUUGUCUCAACUGUUACCGUUGUGAACGGCAUUAAUAUCAUCACUUUGAGCAGUGUUGUUCAGGUACAUAAUUGUUUCAACGUCCCCAUUGACAUUUACUACAUGAGGCACUCUGGGAAUGAGCUGGAGUUGAUCGAAACAAUUCAACCGAAUGCCACACUUUACGUCCCGCUGAACGCAGUGUAUUCUGCAACUUCUGAGUUAUUCUUUUCCGUUGAGGGGUAUUCGAUCACUAGAACACCGUAUGUGUGGAAGGAUUUGCAACUGAAUGUUGCGGUGAAUAAAAGUUUGGUUUGUGUGUCCAAGACGGACCAGGGAAAAUCGUUUGUGAUUAAGGUAGUUGGUGAAAUGAAACAAAUCUUCUACGAGAAUACCACCAAGCAUACCAUGUCGAGCACCAUGUAUUUUAUUAAUCUGCGACCGGCAGUUAUCUUCCGAAAUUGUCUUCCAUAUGACGUACAAUUGAGCGUGGUUGAACCAAUCGGGGUUGUUAUCACCCCGGGUAAUUCACUUGAGUUGCCGAAUGUGGAUCCUGGUCAAACGGAAGUGGUUAUUAAGUUGCCCAAAUAUUUGGACAAAUCUUGGGUAUGCCGGCGGGAAAUUGCACUCAUGCCACCUCAAUUUUCGGUUUGGACUCUGGACAGUCACGACAGUAUCGCGAAAAUGUCCCUGGACCUCGGCAUGCAUUGCUUGAAUCAAGAAGGGAGCUAUAUUAUGUCCCUGUAUUGUCCAUUCUGGAUGAUAAACAAAACCGGCCUUAUUUUAAGUUAUCGGAAAUCUAAGAAAACUGAGAAAAAUGAAAACUCCGGCAGUCCUCUUAAGACAACAGAUGAAAAUACCAACGUUCUAUACCAUCCAGCGUACCUAAGAGAACCGAUUUUGUUCUCAUUCAAUGCUAGAAACUUUUUCGGCAAGAAGAAGGCUUGCGUAAAGGUCAACCAAGGGGAAUGGUGUGAAAAAUUCUCCAUUGAUGUAGCAGGCUCCUCUGGUGUGAUUAUGUGCACUGAAAACAGCAGACUUUAUCAAAUCGGCGUACAAAACGAGCUCUCCUACAACGGCCUCACUAAGAUGAUCACGUUUACACCGUAUUUUGUUAUUAUAAACCAGUCCAUCCGUGCUAUUGAGUGCCAGGAAGAUAAACGUCCCGGCGAUAAAUGGUUGGAGGCCAGUCCCAAGUCUUGUAUUGCAUUCUGGCCAAUAACUGAAACUGAUGAUAAAUUUAUUCGAGUGAGAAUUAAGGAUAGUGAUGAGAUAAGUAUACCUUUCUUGAUCACUGAAAGCCACACGACUUUAGUGAAGCUAAAGAAUAAAGUUGGAGGUAUCAACGUGGAUAUUCAGUUAACUGAAGGUGCAGUGUAUAUUAACUUAGCGCUGUACGACAAGGGAAUGGCCGCAUUGCUUAUCAAUAAUACACCGCAUACAAUGAACAUCUGGGAGAAGAAGUCGAUACAUAUUCACAGGUUACUACCCGAUCACAAUAUGUAUUUUACUUGGGAUUAUCCAUCUUCUGAUCGGGUCCUUGUAUGGGAAACGGGCAACAAGGGUCAAGAAGAAAAUGAACUGCGAAUGGAUGGAGUGGGAAGUUACCAGGUUGCUAAUAAUAUAGAUGUGUACUGGGUGUCGUUCCUGGACGGUAUGCAGAGAGUUUUGUUAUUUACAUGUGAUCAAAAUGUAGCGGACAAUGCGCAAGCUACAAAACAGUUUGAGAUUAUUGAUAGGGAAAUUACCCUAUCGCUUCAUGGGUUGGGUCUUUCAGUGGUAAACAAUUUAUUGCGUCAGGAAAUUGUAUAUAUUGGCAUUGCUUCCACUGGAAUCAUUUGGGAGACUUGUAAGCAUAAUGGAAGAAGAUUCAAGCAGAUGAAUACCGCUCUUAAUAUGACUAUUGAACGAGAAUACCAGCAAUAUUUAUUGAAAGCAUCAACAGAGGAAGCGUCGGGAUCUGUUGUAGCAUUUGAACCACACAUGGAAGUUGAUUUUGAGGAAAUGGUGCAGAUUAAGCCUAGAAAACGCAAAAUUCAACGAAGAUUCCAGACGGGUGUUUGGGUGCAGAUGAAAACAUCGGAACAUCAGAUGCAACUGCACGCUAAGAUAAAUCGAUUACAGAUUGAUAAUCAGCUGCAUGAUUGUACUUUCCCUGUUUUGUUGGCACCUGUACCACCUCCAAAAUCAGUUGUUAUCACUGAUGCUAAUAAGCCAUUUGCUGAAUUAAGUAUUGUUCAACUCUUGAUGAAAAACAGUCAGAUUCAACAGUACAAAUACUUCAAAGUUUUGGUCCAAGAAUUCCACGUGAAAGUGGAUUUAGGUUUCGUUAACUCUAUAAUGGAGGUGUUCGAUACCUCAGCAAAGUCAGAAGAAGAACAGAAAGAACACUUUUUGAAUGAUGUGCAGAGAGUUUCUGAUGCACUGUAUUCACAUGCGACGCAAAUAUCUAUUCAAGAACAAAGUUUCUAUGACUUGCUGCAUUUUUCACCGUUGAAGAUACACGUCAGUUUCUCCAUGACACAGGGUGGGCAGUCGUCUGGAAUGGGAAAUAUUCCUGUUUUUCUUGGUGUUUUAUUGCAGGGUAUUGGAGUCACGUUGACAGACAUGCAGGAUGUUGUUUUCAAGUUGGCGUACUUUGAAAGGGAAUAUUCUUUCCUUACCCAAAAACAACUCAUUAGUGAGGCAACCGCGCAUUAUGUUGGACAAACAGUGAAACAGCUUUAUGUGCUUGUGUUGGGGUUGGAUGUAAUUGGAAAUCCGUACGGUUUGGUCUUGGGCAUUACGAAAGGAGUGGAGGAUUUGUUCUAUGAACCUUUCCAGGGCGCAAUUCAAGGUCCUGGCGAAUUUGCCGAAGGACUUGCUUUUGGUGUAGCCUCUCUUUUCGGCCAUACAUUUGGCGGGGCUGCUGGUGCAGUUUCGCGAAUUACAGGCGCAAUGGGCAAAGGCAUCGCUGCUUUGUCAUUCGACAAAGAAUUUCAACGAAAACGCCGUGAUCAAAUUAAUAAACGUCCUGCCACUGUUAAAGAAGGUUUCGCCCGAGGUGGCAAAGGUCUUGUCAUGGGCGUUUUUGACGGAGUUACCGGUGUGUUCACGAAGCCAAUCUCAGGUGCCAAGGAGCAAGGAAUUGGCGGUUUCUUUAAGGGUCUAGGAAAAGGAGCUGUUGGCUUGGUAGCUCGACCAACUGCAGGUGUAAUGGACUUUGCCAGUUCAUCAUUUGAAUCAGUUAAAAGAGUUGCUGAAUUUAAUUCAGCUUAUGUGACACGCCUGCGUACGCCUAGAUUUAUCCAGAUUGAUAAAUUAGUGAAACCAUUCAAUCCUCACAGUGCAGCUGGUAAUAAAUUACUUGCUGAUUUAGAAAAGGGCAAAUAUUAUUCGACCGAUAUUUACGUUGGACAUUUUACUAUCAUUGAGAAGAAGGAAGUUUUCCUGAUGACUGACAAACGCAUAGCUUACAUUUCUCAUAAUGAUAUGUUUGGUGGAUGGCAGAUGGAAUGGACUCAUAUAUGGCAAGAAAUUGAUGAUUAUCCUGUCGUAGUACAAAAGGGUGUUCAGAUAUUUGUUGAUUCCAAAAAGAAAGGCCUCUUCAAAGGAAAUGAUGCAUCAAAAAUACUUUUAGUUUCGAAUCCUAAGAUUUGUGACCGCAUCGUUGAAGAAUUGUCCAAGUUUGUGGUCAUAGGUGAGAAGAAUGACCUGGGCGAGGGUAUGGCUCCUCGUGAAUCAAGGCACCCGUAAUUGUUUACAGGUUUAUAAAGUUUAACAAAAUAUGUAUGUAUAUCAAAGAGUUAUAAAUUGUUUUAAUUCAUACUUCUAAUUGCCAGUGUGAAAUACUUUAUAUACAGCUACAUUUUUCUAAACUAGUAUUUAAAUACUUUGAAUCUAAUGUUUUUCUUUAAUUGGGUCUUAUAUUGGGCAAAAAGCACGCAUUUAACAUUGAUGUCUUUAAUUAUUUGCGUUUACUCGUGAGUUGUUAUUUAAGCUUGCAUACUAAGCUUUUUAUUAAAUACAUUUUUUUAAAAGAU